AUGGCGUCAGCAGCGCCGUCAUCGUCGACUCCUGCGGCAAAGGCAGAAGCCAAGCCGAGCAAUCUCUACAUCCAUCGUCAGGCGGGCACACCGCGCUCCUGCUUCAUCUGCUACAAGCAGACGCCCCACGUCCUCGUCUCGUCGACGGUACCCAGCCUCGACUUCUUCUACGUCUGCCUCGCCCACCUCGGCGAUACCCACUUUGCCAAGCGCGUCUCGACGCCCGCCGCGCCACCCUCGGUCGCUUCCACCUCGGUGCAGCCCGAUGCCGCCACAGUCUCGCAGGCGGACAUCGACAGGGUCAAGAAAGAGUACGACGAGAGGCAGCGCAAGUUGAAGGAGAAAAAAGAGUUCGACGCGGCCGCAGCACAGGAGUCCGACAAGAAGGGGAACAAGCCCAGCUCAAUGACCUCGUCCAUCUUCUCCACCCUCUCGUCGGCCGUGUCGAGCGUCGCUUCGGCCGCCACCUCGGCCGCCACCUCGUCGCCCUCUUCCCCUGCAUCGACAGCAGGCGCCGCCGCUACCCCUGCUGGCCCCACGUCGCCGACCCCGACAACCAACCAGUCCCCCCUCCAUAGCAAGUACGCGCUCCAUCGCGAGUUCUACAGCCAGCGGCUACGCGACUGGAACAACCGCCAGGCAAAGAUCCGCGAAAAGCAGCUCAACUUGCCUCGCGUCCCCAACGGUGCACCCUCCUGA